AUGGCGCUUAGUGCGCAAGAGAUCUCGCAGUUGCGAAGUGCUCUCCAAGACGCUGCGGUAAAGUGCUCCGAGAGAUGUCUUUACCAGUCGGCUAAAUGGGCUGCCGAACUGCUCAAUGCGCUCCCCGAAACCGACGCAGUCGAUGAUGCCACCCCUGCGGACGGUUCUAAUUGUACAUCGCCAAUAUUCACACCAAACGCGGACCCCGAAGAAGCUGCCCUCGAGGCCAAGGAACUGAGCAAGUAUCUACUAGCCAAGUCUCUCUUCGACUGCAAAGAGUUCGACCGAUGCGCUGCGGUUUUCCUCCCAGAGUCUUUGCUGUCGUCGGUCCUGUCAUCGCGCUCUGAAACUACCGUUUCGACACCGUCGCAGCGAUCAAAGGGUAAGGCGAAAGCUACGGAGGGAAGUCCGGCGUCGGGUGCAGCCCCGCUGCCGAGACUCAGCCAGAAGAGCUUGUUUCUUGCGCUGUACGCCAAGUUUAUGUCUGGGGAGAAGCGCAAGAAUGAGGAGUCUGAGAUGGUUAUGGGCCCCCAGGACCUGGGGACGGUGGUGAAUAAGCAGCUUUUGGUGGUGGGGAGGUAUUUGGCGGCCUGGUUCAAGGAGAGGACGACGUCGGACGAUGAAGUGUUGGGCAGUCAGGGGUGGUUGGAAUAUCUGUAUGGCAUAGUUCUUGCAAAGGAGAAGAAUGAUGCUCAGGCCAUGGAUUACUUUGUCCGGAGCGUUCACAAAUAUCCCAUGAACUGGGGUUGCUGGCUGGAAAUGACGUCCAUCAUAUCGAGGGUUGAAGAAACACCCAAUCUCGCCAACUCCCUCGAACAGCUCCUGUCAAUAUUCCCGACGUCCUCGUUCCUUCUCACCUGCAAUGCCCUGUUAGCAUACCACGCCAAAGACCUCAUGGCAGCCGAGCACCACUUCAGCCGGCUGCUCUCGCUGCAUCCCCACAGACUCGACUCCCUAGACCACUACUCCAACAUCCUCUACGUCCUCAACAUGCGUCCAAAGCUGGCCUUUGUAGCACACCUCUGCUCGAGCGUCGACAAGUUCCGUCCGGAAUCCUGCGUCGUCAUCGGCAACUACUACUCCCUCCUAUCCAUGCAUGAGAAGGCAGUUCAGUACUUUAGACGAGCACUAACCCUCGAUCGCUCGUGCCUGUCGGCCUGGACGCUCAUGGGCCACGAAUACGUGGAGCUGAAAAACACCCACGCGGCCAUCGAGUCGUAUCGCCGCGCAGUCGACGUCAACCGCCGCGACUACCGGGCCUGGUACGGCCUCGGCCAGACGUACGAAAUGCUCGAGAUGCACACCUACUCCCUUUGGUACUACAAAAAGGCGGCCGGCCUGCGGCCCUGGGACGGCAAGAUGUGGAUGGCGGUGGGCUCGUGCCUCCAAAAGAUGGGCCGCGAGCGCGACGGCAUAAAGGCGCUCAAACGAGCGCUCCUCGCAGACGCCUACUACGAUGUGGGUAGCAGCUUCGGCAGUGGCGGCGAUCUUCUCGGUGCUCGCGGCGCAACGGGACACAUGGACCCGGAGAUCCUGCUCCAGAUCGCCGCCAUGUACGACCAGCUCGGCGAGGAGGAGGAAGCUAAGGCCUACAUGGAGCUCUGCGUGGCUCAGGAAGAAGGCGGAGUCGCUGACGCUAAUAAUCUCGGCGAAUCCUCAGUCAUGGUCCAUACCGACUCGCCCGCCUCGGAGGACUACGCCGAUAGGGAGGACGGGCCUGCGGGUGCGGAUGGUGGGGGAGAGGGAACGGGCGUGACGGCUGCUACGAGCAAAGCACGCAUGUGGCUCGCCAGAUUCGCCAUGCGCACGUCUGACUAUACCACUGCCAAUAGGCUUGCCACGGAACUAUGUCAGGACGGCGUCGAGGUGGAGGAGGCAAAGGCGCUGGUGAGGGAGAUUAGGUCCCGGAUGGAGGCUUCGGGCAUGUUUGGCUCGGAUAGUUAG